GUGAAACGAUGGGCCGAUUUGCCGGACACGGAGUUCCACUUCGACUGCAAGGGCCGGGCGAUCGGGUACUACGCGGACACGGAGUUUGACUGUCAGGUGUUCCACAUUUGCGACACUUUCGGGCGCCGGGUGUCUAUGAUAUGUCCCAAUGAGACGGCGUUCAACCAGGAGUACCGGGUCUGCGACUGGGAGUACAACGUGAACUGCAAGGACUCCGACAGCUUCUACUAUCUCAACGAUCUUACGUACGAAAAGCCCCCUAAAGAGGACGAGGAGGCGCCCAAUAACUUGAAAAAAUAA